CGGGGAAAUCCUGGGGCCACGAGGAGAGAGGGUAAACUGGAGCUCGUCGGGAGGGAUGCGCAGAGCAGUAAUCACACUUAACAACUUGGACGCAGCCGCGGUUGAGGCCGAACCAGUAAAGGAACUUACCUGGGGACAGGCACCCGGGCGAGGGCACCAGGUUAACUUCAUCACUGAGAGUGAUGACCGCGACGGGGUUAAUGUGACCACCAGACAACGGGGUGCUACAAAGAAGAUAAUUCAGGACGCGGUCAUGGAAGACGCGCAGGAAGGGUCGAAUCCGCCAGCAGAAUCGGAUCAGGACAAAGUUUACGGCAAGCCUAGGGAGGAGGCGCCCAUAGACAAAGUAACAUCCGCAAAGAAGAAAUUCAGGUACCAGAUCCCUAUCCUUGCCGAUCCUGAGAUAGACCACACUCUUAGCCAGUUGCUAGGGACCAUGGUAUCGGUUUCCUUCCAGACCAUGUUGCAGGCUAGUCCUAGACUACUAAAGGGCCUAAGACUGCUGCUAACAAGGCAAAGGGUGGAAAUAGGGGAGGAACCGGAUGUACGGGAAGAAGGCAAGGAAGAGGAGCCACCGCGGGAAGUGGCAAACCUUCAGAGGGCCCCCGGGGAUCUGGAAGAUCUAGAGAAGGCCUUCGCAGACAUCCGGCUAAGUCUGCCAGACCGGGAAGGCGAAGAAGUCAUGAGGGCACCGCCUGGCACGAAACUUAGUUUCCAUGCGCUACCGGUAGGGAAACUGAAAGUCCAGACUGGCACCCACCAUACGGAUGCACUGGUAGAUGGCGGGGCAGAAAUCACACUCAUUCGCAAGGACUUUGCAACAAUUGCUGGGUGCCCAAUCUACCGGGAGGUCACGGGGAGUGUCCGGGGAGCAGGUGGGGAAAUCCCCUUUUCCGGCUAUGUUACCAAGUGCGCAGUUAAAGCCGGGGUUAGAGAGUCUAUAUGGUCGUUCCAACGAAUGACCGUCAUGGACGAAAUGGACCAUUACGUGAUCCUCGGGCGCCCGUGGUGUGCCAACGUAGAUAUGAUCGGGAUGCAUCUGCACAACGGCGCCUACAUGGUAGACAAAGAGGACCUGAUGACUAAGGAGGAGGCCAUGGAAAAGGAGGAGGAGGUUCUUCGGGUAAUUAGAGAAAGGAGGGUGGCGGAAGGACAUAGGAUACCGGAUGAGGUGGCCCAAACCAUGAAGAUCGGAGUAAAGGGUUUUCUGACGGAGCAAGAAACACAGGCAAUCAAAGAAGCAUGCCAAGAAUCUCACCUAGCAUUCGCUUUCAAUGACCAUCGGCGCCUGGACGCUAAGUUGAUUCCACCGGUCAGGAUCCACACGGUCGAGCAUGAGUGUUGGAAUGACAAGGGACCGGCCUACGACUUUGGGAUCGCAGGAGAAGUGACGAAGCUCCUUAGGGCAAAAAUGGACUCCUUCGUGGCAGAACCCACCGCGUCUCCUUAUGCCAACAAGUGGUUUGUAUUCCGCAAGCCCAACAAGUCACUUAGGUGGAUUCAGGACCUGCAAAAGUUAAAUGCUGUCACCAUCCGGGAUGCGGGAUCGUUGUCGCAGCCAGAUCUCCUGGCCGAAUCCCAUGCCGGACGCAGUAUUUACUCCAUGAUAGAUCUGUACUCAGGAUACGACCAGCUCUCGCUGGACGCACAAGAUAGGCCCUACACGGCUAUGCAUACGCCAGUAGGACAGUUGCAGAUGCAGGUCACGCCUAUGGGAUUUACUAAUGCGGUAGCAGAGGCACAGAGGAGGAUGCUCGCGGUGGCCGGGGACAUGUUCCCAGACAAAUGUGAGCCCUACAUUGACGACAACCCUGUCAAAGGAGCACGGGAAAGGGAUGAGACCGAAGUCCAGCCGGGGAUAAGAAAGUUUGUUUGGGACCACCUGCAGGAUAUUAGAGAGCUACUGCGAAGAUUCCUAGAAUACAACAUAACCGCUAGCGGUCCGAAGAGUAUCUUGGCAGUACCAGAAGUCACAAUUUUGGGAUUUCGUUGUAGGACCCAUGGAAGGAAGCCGGAUCCGGCUAAGACUGAUAAGAUAGCACAGUGGCCUACGCCCCUUCGAACUACAACAGAAGUCAGGGCAUUCCUGUGGGUGGUAGGCUUUUGGAGAAUCUUCAUAAAAGGGUUCGCAAAGAUAGCGGAACCGAUUCGAGCCAUGAUCCGUGAAGAAGGCACGCUCGAUUGGACUGAGGAAAGUGAAUCGACCGUCCAGACCCUGAAAAAUAUUCUCACAUCCGAAGAAGUCACCCUUGCCGCUCCGUGUUUCAACGACGAGCUCGGUCGACCUUUCAUCCUUGAGACGGAUGGAGGACCAAUGGCAGUCGGCGGGGUGCUAAUUCAAAAAGGCGAAGAUGGUAGAGAGCGACCGAUCAGAUUUGAGAGUAGGACGCUCAAUUCGGCUGAGCCGCGCUACUCUCAGUUCAAGAAGGAGUUGGACUAUAAGAUUGAGCGCAUAGCCGGCCUUAGGAAUCGAGCAGACGGACUGAGCAGGGUGGCCCUCACACCCGAAGGGCUAGAAGAGGCAGAGCUGAUCGACGGGUUCCUCGACUACGAGGGCGAGACGCUGGAAGUAGACAGCGAGAUGGUCGGAACCACUUGCACAACUGGGGAGCUAUUGAACAAAGCACUCGAAAAGGGGCCUCCGGCAGUGGUUGCCGAGUUAAGGGAAGGUAUGGUCACCAGAGUUGGAAGGAGGGAAGAGAAGGACGCCUGGGGCAGUGUUGUGAAGCCCCGGGAUGAACAAAUCGCACUAGUCAUUGAGGGAGGCUGGAGAAGGGUUAUGAGCAUGAUGGAGUCUCAGGAGCUGGAAAUGCAGCACUAUCAGGCCUAUCAGGUGGAUAAUAAUCAGACGGGUACUCAGGAAGAAGAGCAGUUCUUCCUCAUCAAGUCAUAUGAAGGGCAUAUGGUACAUCUCGACCUGGCAAUCAUGCCGGUUUCCAGAAAAGGGUACAGGUACAUACUUGACGCAAGGGAUAACCUUAGUGGGUUUGUCGAGGUAACCGCGCUCAAGAAGAAAACUGGGUUUGCAGUUGCAGACCGGGUGGAGGACUUUUAUCUGAGGCACCCGUUCAUCAGGAGAUUCAUAGCCGACAAUGGGACUGAGUUUGUGAACCAGGACGUCCUGAAUACCUGCAAGAGGCUUGGCGUACCGAUCAAAUUGACAGAACCAUACCACCCUGAGGCCAACACGCCAGUCGAGCGAGGGCACCAAACGCUUAAGAACACGAUUGCAAAGUUGGCAGCAGAUGACCUUGGGAACUGGCCGGACUAUCUCAGACACGCGGUAUUUGCCGAGAAUAUGACACCAAAAAGGACGACGGGAUGCAUCCCGGCAGAGCUAUGGUAUGGCAGGGAGAUUGACUUUCCGGUAGAGGCCCUAGUACCCACCUGGAACAAAUUGGAAGAUGAUCCUCAUCUGACUACGGAACAAUUGAUUGAGGCAAGGUGUGAACAAGCGGCCAGGAACGAGGAAGCCUUGGAAGAAAUAGCUCACAAGGUACUAGACAGUUGCAUGAAGGACAAAACCAGGUGGGACCAGUUGAAGAACAUCCGGAAGGAGCCUCUGCAGGUCGGGGAGAUGGUCCUAGUCAGAAAUUCGACACUAGAAACUACAUGGUCAGGCCAAUUGGGGCGGCGAUUCAAGGGACCUUACCGUAUUGCAAGAAAAUUGGGUGUAAGCACGUUUGAGAUUGAGAACCUGGAUGGGAUCACUAUAAGGGGGCCAGUCCCUGCGCAACGACUGGUCAGGUUUCUCACUAGGGAUCCUGUGGAACAAUGGCUGUAAGAAGCCCAGGAUAAGGAGGCGGAAGACUAAGGCCGCUCAGGACAGUGGCAAGAGGCCUACGUACCGCUUGUGCUUCUGGUUAUUGUCUUUUGUUUUUUGUGUGUUUCUUUCCUUUUGACGGCCUGGGUGUGCACGAGUCGCAUGGGAAAACGUGCGAUUCGGUGGGGUUUUUCUGUAUCAUAGUUUUUGUGGGAUACUGGGAUGAGCAAUGGGGGAUGGGACAUUGUACCAUAAGACAUGGCAUUCGAGGGGCGUUGGGAAAAGGGGGCGAGGUGGUCGGCUGUUCCUCCUUUUUUUUCUUCUUCAUGCCUUUCUGUUUCCGUGGGAGCAACCGGGAUUGGGGGACACGUGUGGGCAGAGCCUGGGAUGAGUGUCACAAGGGAAUGGGUUGGGGCUUUCUCAUGUCUUGUGUCCUGCCUUUCAGGUAUAGAAGUCAGGCGGACCAAGAUGGCACCCAACAACGAGAACGAUAUUAAUCAAGCAAACAUCAAUGU